GUUAGACGCUAGACGUAUACAAAGUGACGUGGCUGCCAUUUACGUGUACAUCGGAGCUACGUCUGGAGAAAAGGAAAAUUUCUAUUCUUCGUAUUUGUGAUUUGACAGCAGCAUUAUGCUGACCAAAUUUGAGACAAAAUCUGCCAGGGUGAAAGGCUUGUGCUUUCACCCGAACCGACCAUGGAUUCUUGCUAGCUUGCACAAUGGAAACAUUCAGCUAUGGGACUACCGUAUGUGUACGCUCCUUGAGAAGUUUGACGAGCAUGAUGGUCCCGUUCGAGGUAUCAGUUUCCACCAGCAGCAGCCCCUGUUUGUAUCCGGAGGUGAUGACUACAAGAUCAAGGUCUGGAACUACAAACUCAAACGAUGUCUCUUCACUCUCCUAGGCCAUCUGGAUUACAUCAGGACAACCUUCUUUCAUCAUGAAUACCCUUGGAUCGUGAGUGCAUCUGACGAUCAGACCAUCAGGAUAUGGAACUGGCAGUCCAGGAACUGUGCUUGCGUUCUGACUGGUCACAACCACUACGUGAUGUGUGCUAACUUCCAUCCAUCGGAAGACCUCGUUGUCUCCGCCUCUCUUGACCAGACUGUUCGAGUCUGGGACAUCUCAGGGCUGAGAAAGAAGAACAUCUCCCCUGGUCCUAGUGGUCUGGAGGAACACCUCAAGAACCCCAUGACCCCAGAUCUCUUCGGUACGGCCGAUGCAGUGGUCAAGCAUGUCCUAGAGGGCCAUGACCGUGGAGUGAACUGGGCAGCUUUCCAUCCAACCAUGCCUUUGAUUCUGUCUGCGGCUGAUGAUCGCUAUGUCAAGCUCUGGAGGAUGAAUGAUGCCAAGGCCUGGGAGGUGGAUACCUGCCGUGGUCACUACAACAACGUAUCAUGUGCCAUCUUCCACCCACGUCAGGAGCUCAUUCUGAGUAACUCUGAAGAUAAGAGCAUCAGGGUGUGGGACAUGUCAAAGAGGACGUGCAUCCAGACUUUCCGUCGUGAUCAUGAUCGUUUCUGGGUGCUUACACCUCAUCCCACUCUUAACCUCUUCGCUGCUGGUCACGACAGCGGCAUGAUCGUCUUCAAGCUGGAGAGGGAGCGACCGGCCUACGCCACCCACAACAACAUCCUGUUCUACGUCAAGGAGCGCUACCUGCGCAAGCUGGACUUCACCACGUCCAAGGACGUCCCCGUCAUGCAGCUCAGGGGCGGAACCAAAAGCCCCGCGUUUGCCAUGUCCUACAACCCCGCAGAGAAGGCUGUCCUCAUCUCAACCAGGACAAGCAAUGUUGAUAACAGCACGUAUGAUCUCUACCAAGUUCCCAAGCAGAGUGAUUCUCAGAAUCCUGAUGCCCCUGAAGGAAAGAGAUCAUCUGGACUGACAGCCGUGUGGGUCGCUCGCAACAGAUUUGCUGUGCUGGACCGCAGUCACUCGCUGGUCAUUAAGAACCUGAAGAACGAAGUCACCAAGAAGGUCCAGACUCCAGCCUGCGAGGAGAUCUUCUACGCCGGGACCGGCAUGCUCCUCCUCCGCGACCCAGAGAACGUGACGCUCUUUGACGUGCAGCAGAAGCGCUCUCUGGGCUCGUGUCGUAUCUCCAAGGUCCGCUAUGUGAUCUGGUCGGGUGAUAUGAUGCACGUUGCUCUCCUCAGCAAACAUACCAUUGCUAUCUGCAACCGUAAGCUGGAGACCCUCUGUACCAUCCAUGAGAACAUCCGGGUGAAGAGCGGAGCUUGGGAUGAGAGCGGUGUCUUUAUCUACACUACCAGCAACCACAUCAAGUACGCCAUCACUAACGGUGACCAUGGCAUCAUUCGAACCCUGGACGUCCCCAUCUACAUCACCCGGGUCAAAGGUCAAAACGUCUACUGCCUGGACCGUGAGUGCCGCGCCCGCGUGCUGAGCAUCGACCCGACAGAGUUCCGCUUCAAGCUCGCCCUCAUCCACCGCAAGUACGACGAGGUGCUGCACAUGGUGCGCACGGCCAAACUGGUCGGUCAGUCCAUCAUCGCGUACCUGCAGCAGAAGGGCUACCCCGAGGUGGCGCUACACUUUGUCAAGGACGAGAAGACGAGGUUUGCGCUUGCCCUGGAGUGCGGAAACAUUGAGGUUGCUCUGGAAGCUGCCCGAGCCCUGGACGACAAGUAUUGUUGGGAGAAGCUAGGUGAGGCAGCCCUCUUGCAAGGAAACCAUCAAGUGGUGGAGAUGGCCUACCAGAGGACCAAGAACUUUGACAAGCUUUCCUUCCUCUACCUGAUCACCGGCAACUUGGACAAGCUGAGGAAGAUGAUGAAGAUUGCCGAGAUCCGAAAGGACACCAGCGGCCAGUACCAGUGCGCCCUUUAUCUUGGGGAUGUGACAGAGAGAGUGAAGAUCCUCAAGAACUGUGGACAAAAAUCCUUAGCCUACCUGACAGCCAAGACCCACGGCUUGACCGAAGAGGCCGACGGCAUCUCUGAGAUGUUCGACGAGAGUGACACGCUCCCAGAGGUCUCGCCCAACGCCCAGCUCCUCCAGCCUCCGGCCCCCAUCAUCCGCUCUGAGGAGAACUGGCCUCUCCUGACCGUCACCAAGGGGUUCUUCGAGGGUGCCAUGAGCAGGGGCAAGGCAGGAGGAACAGGCAGCACCAUGACCGCAGCCGUUGCUAUGGAUGAGGGUGAUGCCGGCGGUGAUUGGGGCGAGGAUGCAGAGCUGGUACUUGAUGACGGAGAUGAAUUCGGUGAUGCAGCAGAAGGGUUUGGAGAUGACGAUGGAGACGGUGAAGGAGGAGCAUGGGACGUCGAUGACGAAUUGGAGCUACCCCCUGAUCUGGAUGUGCCAGCAGGAGGAGGUGCGGAUGAUGACUACUUUGUUGCACCGGCUAAAGGUAUGAGCCAGAGCCAAGUCUGGGUGAAGAACUCACAGCUCCCUGUUGACCAUAUACUAGCCGGAUCAUUCAGCUCUGCCACACAGCUACUACAUGACCAAGUUGGUAUGGUCGACUUCACGUCCUACAAACAGAUCUUCAUGCAGACGUACGCCAGGGCAAGAACAUCCUUUGUAGGCCUGCCAUCUCUUCCACCACUCUGCGGCUAUGCACAUCGAAACUGGCGUGAGGCAGGAGCGAGAGGAGGCCAGCCCGCCGUAGGUCUGAAGCUAGCUCAUCUUGUCCAGAGGUUACAGUCUGCGUACCAGCUCACAACGCAAGGGAAGUUCCCUGAUGCUAUCGUGAGGUUCAGGAGCAUCCUCCUCAGUAUACCCAUGCUGGUGGUGGAUACAAAGCAGGAAAUCACAGAGGCUCAGCAGCUUAUAACGAUAUGCAGAGAGUACAUUGUAGGCUUGUCCAUGGAGCAGUACAGGAAAGAACAACCCAAGGGCAACCUAGAUGAGCAGAAGAGAAUCUGUGAGCUUGCAGCAUACUUCUCACACUGUAACCUCCAGCCGAUCCAUCAGAUCCUGACGCUCAGGACGGCCAUCAAUCUAUGGUUCAAGCUCAAGAACUUCAAGACGGCUGCAGCAUUCGCAAGGCGGCUCCUAGAGCUUGGUCCUAAACCUGAUGUAGCGCAACAGACGCGCAAGAUCCUACAGGCUUGUGAGAAGAGUCCCAACGAUGCACACAAACUUAACUACGAUGAGCACAAUCCCUUCGACAUCUGUGCUGCUACGUACAAGCCAAUCUACAGGGGGAAGCCCGUUGAGAAGUGCCCUCUGAGCGGAGCCUGCUACCUUCCACAGUUCAAAGGUGAGGUCUGUCGAGUGACCCAGGUCACGGAGAUCGGUAAGGACACCAUCGGCCUCCGAAUCAGCCCUCUACAGUUCAGAUAAAUGCGAUCAUUCCUCGGAGAUGAGCGUCUCUCACUCUGCAGAGCGUUACAAACUCAUUCUAUAGCUAGCCCAAUGAAACCAAAACACGACGGGUUCUUAUUUCAAAUUACACGAUAGCCUUUUCGAGUUACCAGAGCAUAUUAUCCAAUAUAAUUUGGUGGAAAAUUUGGCUGAAGAGUUCUCUGUGGUCCACAUUUUUGGUUGCCCCAAUGGGCUAGUGUGAAAUAGAGUUUUGUACUCCUAUACCGGGUUUUAUGACGCUACUGUAUCUAGAUGAAUUUACUGGUGGUACUGUAAUGGAAGCUCCCAGAAUUAUUGUUGUUGCUUAUUGAGGGUCUCUUUAGUUGACUGUAUAGUCGGUUGUGGUGGUCUUUAGUACAUUUCACAAUGCAUUUUACAUUAGGGUGAACCUACAAUUAACAACUAAAUUAUUCAUACCCUUAGCAAUUUUUGUGAUUUUGUAAUGUAUGUGAGAAAUGUAUUUGUCCCGAUUUAUGCUUCUUGAGAAGGUGACAUCUAGUUUACAUCUAAAAGUAUUCAACAAAUUCCCUAAUUCAACUAGCCCAGCUUUAGCUUUUGAGUUACAAAAAACACACACACAUACAAAAUCAAUUUUACAAGGGGUAUGAAUAAUUUAGUUCUUAACUGUAAGUAUUCCUUAAUCAUCAAUGGGGCUAACAUCAGAGCAAAGAUAUUAACAAAAGUUUGAGUAAAGAUUAUGACUAAAGAUUGGGAGAGUGACAAGCCAAGGACUUGCUUGUGAAGACUUUAUAACUGAUUUUAAAAUAAAGCUUGGGUAAGGAGUUGAAAUAUUGCCUAAAGUUUGGUCUAAUAUAGAUCUCUGUGUUGAUGCUGUUGCAGAGAAUUGCUUCUAUUUAACUUAUAUAACAUAAAUUAUAAAAAACAAGUAGAAUUAGACACAAGAAAAAAGGUAAAAGUUGUUUUCUAUUAACCAAGAGAUAUAAUAUAAUAAUGUUCUUCGCUACUCUCUUACAGCACACGUUGCUAGUCCCCUCUCAUAGCAAAUCCACCACUUCUGUCAAUCAAAGUUGAAUCAUUCCUGACAGUGUAAUAUGAAGUAGUUGUACCUUGUACAGUAUAACUAUGUAAUACAUGUAAUGUCAAAAUGUACCCCCCUGCAAACACCCAUUAACAGUUAGGUGUGUAAAUUUAACAUAUGUGAGGGCAAGUCGCUGUGAAAUACAACUGUAUCAGGCUUGAAAUUGCACAUUCAAAUUAUUUGUAAGAAAGUCUUAUUAUAAUGUGAUAGUGUUAUUUUUUUCCCCUUUUUUUUCUUCUUCUGGUUAAUGUUGCAUUUUGGGUGUUACUAUUCAUACAAAGUGUUCAGCAUAAUGUAUGAUCAUGUUAUGUAUACUUAAAUGAAAUUUUAAUAUUGCUGAUUACUUAAUCUCAAGUGUAGCAAGUACUGAUGUGUACACACAAAAAGAUAUUACAUAUUUACAUGUCAGUGCUUCUUGGAUACCUAUUUGUGACAAGCUUUAUUAUUGUUUUGUGAAUGCUUGUUGUGACAUGCAUAUUAUUAAAUAUGAGAAUUUUAUGUAACAUAAA